AGUCACCUGAGACACACGUUGAUUCCCGUUCCUCGAUGCUCCAUCAAUUUCCACCUUCGCGGCUCAACCUCCACGAUCGUUCUUUUUUUCAAACAAGCCACACCGUCCUUCGCCACUCAGCCAUCUGUCGUCAAUCGUCGUCCGCUUUGACCGUCACCACGUUUGCUGUCCAUUCAAGUUUCUCUGAAAUUGCUCGGCUUUGACGUCCCAUCCAUUGCGAAUUUUCAAUCUUUGCUUCUUAAAAGAAAGUGACAAGCGGGAUCGGAUUCCGACCGUAUUUUCUCUUUGCUGGACCGCUACUUAUCGCUGUCCCCACUUGGUCGCAUUUUUUCCUCCCCUGUGUGCCCCAAAUUCAUAUUAUCCCCUCCAGUUCCGUUCGCAGUGUCAACUCCAUCAGUCCAUCCACUAUUCCAGUCAUCCUCUCAAAGACCACCUUGGGCCGUCCCUGAGUGUUCCAAUUCCUGUGAUCCGUUCUUUACCCAGUGUACCCGCACGGGCCUGGCAUAUAGUCCGGAGGAUCCCCAGCUCCAAAUUCUCCGCCAUUUUCCAGGUGCCGAUUACGCCACGUCCAGUCGCAAAGUGAUCUGCUUCCCGCACUUACAGCCUUGGAUGGGUUACCUGGUCACUCUAUUUUCCAUUUCGACGUACUGUUCGCCAUUGUUUGGACAUGCCCUCAGUCACCGACCAGACCGGUCUUUCUGGUCUUGAAUUUGAUGGUAGGUUCCUUUCUUGGUUAACUUCCCGUCAACCCAUUCCCCCUUUCCUUGGGCUCCAACAACCCCGUAGUCGUAGGUUUUCCGAGGCUCUGCUUCCGGGCCAAAUGAUCUCAUAGCCCACUGCGACUGCUGGUAUUCGAUCAACCGUCAAACCCCCUCCCUUUUUGCGGUUCUUUAUCCUUCCCUGUCCGGAUUACCCCCUAAGUGUUGAUGGAUUCUGACCGAUCAU